CUGGCAACAGUGAUUUGUUAUUACGGCGGAAAUUUAGAAAUUUUGUGCACCCUUAUUGUUUAUUAAAAAUGAAUUUAAACGAAGAAAAUUAUCUAGAGACUAUAGCGUUGUUACGAACGGAAAUUAAAGAGAAAGAUAAAAAUCUUUACUUGGCUGCAACUUUUGGGAAGGAUUUACUCGAAGAGAAAGAAGUAUUAACUUCAAAAAUCGACCAUUUGUCUGCUAGAAAUGAGAUUUUGGAGCAAGAAAGACAUUCAUUGCAAAUAGAUUUGGAUGCUCAAAUCCACACUGCAAAGUGUCAGGCUGCUGAGUUAGAAAGUCAGAGAGAAAAAUAUGAUAAUUUAUAUGAAGAAGUUUCAUUAUUGCGGAAAGAAAAUUCAGUGCUUCAACAAAAAGUUGAAAGUCUUACAAAAGAGUGUAAUGAAUUUAAAAAUACUGAAGAAGCUAUGCAGCUGGAGAACAGCAUUCUUAAGAAGAGAAUUGAAAUGCAAGGAGAGCAAGUUAAAGAAUAUCAAAAUCACCUUGAAGUAUCUUUAUAUGAAAGCUCUAGUCAUGACUUAUCUCAAGUGCAGGCUGAUUUGAAUUCCUACAUUAUUAAAAAUAAUGAACUGGCUGAUGCUUUGAUUAGACAACAGUAUGAGUUGGAUGAGGCAAAAAUGUCGGAAAAUAGAUUAAGACAAAUAGUAAAAGAAUUAGAGGAGAAUAUUUGUCAGAGAGAUAAAGAGCUUUCAGAUUACUCUUCUGAAGUAAAAAAAGCUAGAGAUGAAGUAGCUGAAUUACAAGCAGAAAUUGAGCUGCUAAAAUUUGAGCAAGUUGAUGUGAACCGUCGUGGGAAUUCAGUUUUCGCAGAAUUGGAUGACAGAAGAAAACUGGUUGAGAAGAAUUACAAGCUACUUGACCACAAAUAUCGUAAUAUGUUAAAAACGUAUGAUGAUAAUAGGCGAGAACUUUCAAAUUGUAGGGGUCAAAUGGCAAUCCUUUUGAGUAUGUCUAGUCGUACCUAUCAGGAAACCUACAUAGAAAAACUAGAAAGCCUUCUUUCUAAUGCUAAAAAUGAGGUACUGGAACUUACUACAAAACUUGGUAAAAUAAAAAGUCAACAAAACAAGAGCAUUGAUCAGCUGUGGCCAUCAAAAAGAGAUGAAUAUGAUUACCUGAAGGUUCUGUAUGAGCAGUCACAACAAAAAGAAAAACAGCUAGAGAAGGAAUUAAUAUCCUUAAGGAUGAAAAAUAUAAAUGAUAACAAUAUUCUAAUGAAAGCUCAACAGAGUAUUUACCAUACCAAGGAAAUGCUGGAUGCAGUUCAAAUUGAAAAUAUGCAGCUAAAGUUGAAAUUGAAAGAGAAUCCUUUACAAGCAAGUUUUAUAGUUCCAGAAGAUAAAUUAAACACUGAUGUGCCAGAUCUCAAAGCAAAUGAAGAAGCAAUGGAAAAGACUGCAAAUAAUGAUAUUAUAUUUGGUAGAUUAAGAUUAGGAAAGGAUGGGAAAGUCCAAGAAAUAUCGCCUCCUCGGAGAUCUAAUAGAGCUGUACUUCGUCACUUUUACGUAAAACACAAAGAACAAGGGGACAGCUACAUUUCAAACAAUGAUACAAUUACUGGGUUUGAUUCCUAUCAAGAUGAAGAUAAUGCUGUCAACCAUUUUGAAGAAAAAAGUGUUCAAAAGUUUGUGCCAGACAGAAAAGAAAUUUUAUUUGUACAUGCUAAUGGAGAAAAUAAGCAAAAGUCUGCAAUAAACACAAACAUUUCUGCUGACUCUAUUGAAAAAAAAAGUAUGCAAAAAUCUUUAUCACCUGUAAAAUUCAGUGAAUGUACACAACAAUGAAGUUCUUGUUUCUAUGCUACAUAUCUUAAUUUUUUAAAAUAGUUGCUGUGUCUGCUAAGUGCAUUUGUGUUAUAUUGUAUAAAUUUUACUGAUUAUUAAAGCAUUUAAAAAAAUAAAUAACUUUUCCAAGAACUUACUUGUAAUAAAAUUUUAUUUGCUUAGAUGUUAUUUUAAAAAGUCGAUUAAUUGCGUAACAUUUUUUGGUCUGAGUGUAUAAAUAGAGAGUUCCCAUCAUGAAACUCAUUCUGUUUGAAGGAUGUUUCAUAAUUUCUAUGGAGCAAUUGUUUGUAAAAAAUCUGAGGCUAUUCUUGAAAAAUUCUAGCUAAGAAUCACUUCAAUAGCAAGCAUAAAGGCAUAAAAAGUUCAGAUGAGCCCAUUCAUUUUUGUUUAUGUUAGAAAUUAAAUGUACAGUAUACUGGUCUAAAUUUUCAUAUAUAUUUAUCUCUCUGUUUCUCAUGAAAACAUUCUGUGCAAUCAUUAUUAUGUGAAUUUUCAUUACAGCAGUAAAGCUUUAAAUAAACAUGGGCAUAAUUUUGAAAUGUGCAAGGCUGCAUUAAUA